AUGCCGUUCUGGAUAACGAGCUUGUACGCGGGAAAAUGGAAUUUGAGCCAGGAAUGGUGUGAAGUUUCUGCAACAGUACAUCAUACUAUAGUUAUGGCCUCCUUGCUCACUAUGUGCUUAAUUGCACUGAACAGGUACAUGAAAGUCGUCAAGCGAUCCUUGUAUAUUAAGUUCUUUCCCAGUAAAAGAGCAGCUAGGUUGUACUGUGGUCUUGUCUGGCUGGUGUCUGUGCUAUUCGCCACACCUCCGUUGUACGGAUGGGGAAAAAUGAACUUUGACUCAGAUUUAAUCAUUUGCUCAUUCAACUGGAAGGAAGGACACGUUUCCUUUGUCAUAUUGCUUGCAGGGUUCUUCAACGUGACAAUGGUUGCAAUAUUUUACUCCUAUUGGAAAAUUUACAAAACGGUGAAAGAGAGCACCGAUAAUGUCAACGCCAAUGUUGUAAAAAAUGGCGUCGGCACACCGAAAUUACAUCGAACUGAUAUCGAUGUUUUGAAGAGUUGUUUCACAGUGGUUUGUUUCUCUUUAAUUACAUGGUUUCCUGUAGCCAUAUGUGCUUUUACAAUGGCUGGUGGAGGCUACAUUCCACAUGAACUGACUAAGGUG